GGAGGCGCGGCCCCUUUCCUCCGCGGCGGCCCAAGGUGCUGUGUCCUUCAGCUGAAGCUAAGGCCGUCCCCGGCGACUGGCACCCAGCCCCGCCAUGGCCUCCGUCUCCGAGCUCGCCUGCAUCUACUCCGCCCUCAUCCUCCACGAUGACGAAGUCACCGUCACGGAGGACAAGAUCAACGCGCUCAUCAAGGCGGCCGGGGUGAACGUGGAGCCCUUCUGGCCGGGACUCUUCGCCAAGGCUCUCGCCAACAUCGACAUCGGGAGCUUGAUCUGUAACGUAGGAGCCGGUGGCGGCGGCGGUGCUCCAGCCGCGGCUGCUCCCGCGGGAGGCGCUGCGCCGGCGGGCGGUGCUGCCCCUGCUGAGGAAAAGAAAGAAGAGGAAAAGAAAGAAGAAUCAGAGGAAUCUGAUGAUGACAUGGGCUUUGGUCUUUUCGACUAAUUAGUUUUGUACCUGUCCAUAAUAAAGAACAUUGAAUUGUA